AUGGGCACUGCCAGAGCUGUUUUCGCACAAUGGAGACUCCCGAUGACAUAUACUGCUCUUUUAAGCGCGGGCGCUUUAUACUAUCUCUCCCCAGAAACGCAAACUAUCAAAACUGAUUCGGAUCGGAACUGCGCCUCCUGGGAGAGGAUGAACCAUAAUGCCUGCGGGAUUCCACCCGAGUUGAAGAGGCCAGGAAGAAAUUCAUCUAUAUUUCCGGACAUUAGCCUGAACGAACUGCGGUCUGUUCUAGACGAUUCAGCAAACAAAUCAUCUCGCGACCUGCCAGUCGAGCUUCCAACCUCGCAAUCUUCAUGGGACACAGUCACUUCUAAAAUCACCCUUGUCAAAGACUCUGUUAUGUCUGUCGAUUUAUCAGAGUUAAUUAGGCAAUAUAUCGUCCCAGCAUGGGCUGUUGUACUUCCGGAGAAACUCCAAACUCUUCAACGUGAAUUAUCAAUGGCAAAAGGCUCAUUGGCCGAUGAAAUCUGGUCAGAGGCUCAUAAUGCCGAGUUAAAUCCCGAAAUAACCCGGGAAGCCCAUGUUCGCAUUGGCGAUGAUCUCUGUCGCGAAGAGAGGUAUUUCCAAUGGAGACGUCGCCAAGUAAUUGUCAAAUCUCUUGCGGCGUAUCUUGGCUUAAACGAAGACGAUAUACAUCCCGACGAUGUACCUGUGAUCGCAAUAUGCAGCUCCGGUGGUGGACUACGUGCCGUAGUCGCCGGGGCCGGCUCCUAUCUGGCCACAAAACAGGCUGGUCUUUGGGAUUGCGCCAUGUAUACCGCCGGUGUUAGCGGGAGCUGCUGGCUGCAGACGAUCUAUAAUUCGUCGCUCGGAGGACAAGAUUUUGUGAAAGUCGUGCAACAUUUGAAGAACAGACUUGGAAUUCACAUCGCCUUCCCCCCCGAAGUGCUUAGACAGCUGACCUCUCCUCCAACCAAUAAAUAUUUGUUGAGAGGCUUGGUGGAAAAGUUGAAGGCUAAUUCCGACACUGAUUUUCGAUUGGUUGACAUAUACGGUCUCCUAUUGACGGCCAGACUUUUAGUUCCGGCAUGGCAGCCAUUAAACUUGUACGACUCCGACCUUAAGCUCUCAAACCAGAGAGCUUUCAUCGAUAAUGGUGCUAAUCCUUUACCCAUAUAUACCGCGGUUCGUCAUGAAAUACCACCAGACGAUACAGCUGCGCCAGAUCCCUCUAUGCAGAUUAUAGCAGAUGGACAGAAGCCAGAGCCAAAAAAAGAAACUUGGUUUGAGUGGUUCGAAUUUACCCCGUACGAAAUGUUUUGUGAAGAGUUUUCCGCAGGGAUACCCAUGUGGGCGUUAGGAAGAAAAUUUUCGGAUGGUAAAGACAUUCCCUUUUCGGAAGAUUACUCUGUCCCUGAAUUACGAGUUUCAAUGCUCAUGGGGAUCUGGGGAAGUGCAUUCUGUGCCACUCUCGCUCAUUACUACAAAGAAGUAAGGCCAGUUUUACGGGGACUCGCAGGAUUCAGUGGUAUCGAUGCUAUCCUAGAGGGAAAGAGUGAAGAGCUUAUUCGUGUUCACCCUUUUGAUCCUGCAUCAAUACCGAAUUUCGUUCUUGGAUUGCAAGAUCGACUUCCAAAGACAUGCCCAAGGUCGGUUUUUAAAGAUGAAGAACUCCGUCUCAUGGAUGCUGGAAUGAGCAAUAAUCUCCCUAUUUAUCCUCUUCUUCGUCCCGGCCGUCAUGUAGAUAUGAUAGUCGUUUUUGAUGCUUCAGCCGACAUCAAGGAAGAGAAUUGGCUUUCAGUGGCGGAAGGAUACGCACGCCAGAGGGGUAUAAAGGGCUGGCCCAUUGGAUCAGGUUGGCCAAAACUUGGGACUAAACCUGCAGAAACGGCCGAAGCCAUCGAGAAAGCUGCGAGAAGUACGAUAGAAACGUCAGACGAAAAGGUUUCCGCUGCCAAAGAACAAAGUCAGAAGUCAAAGAGUAAGAUUCCAGGGAAACAUUUGGGAAGUGGAAGUAUUAUCCAGAGCGAGGUCAAGGAUUCUGCAGAAUUGCGUCCAGACCCCGACACGACCGAUUUGAGUUACUGUACUGUUUGGCUUGGGACUACGCAAGAGAGGACUUCCACAGAAGAGCCUCCGCCAUCCAAGAGGCUGUUCCAUUUACCGCAGAAAGACAAUCCCGAAUCGGAAUUCCUCCUCAUGCAAGUUGACGCCGGCAUUGCAGUUGUUUAUUUCCCCCUUCUGAAUAACCCUGCUGCGACCGCAGUUAAACCGUCCGCUUUACCUACGCAAUCCACCCCAACUCCAACCUCCACCGCUCCAGUUAGCGACCCACAAAAUGAAAAAACAUGUUCUGGACCAAAAGGUACUGCGGCACCGAUAGACCCUGCACGAGAUGAUUUCAUGAGCACAUGGAAUUUUGUUUACACCCCUGAGCAGGUCGAUUGUGUCGUUGGUCUUGCUAAAGCCAAUUUCGCUGAGGGUGAAGACCGGGUAAAGCAUGUCGUUAGAGGUAUAUAUGAGAGGAAGAGGAGAGCAAGAUUACAGAGGAUAUGGGAAAGAGAAAAGGAAGGGCUGCGUUUGUUUUCUUGA